AUGGAGGCAAGGCAUUCAACAAUCGAAACAACAGCUCAAGGUAGUGCAUCUUCUUCAAAAGAAAUUCCCGAAGCGCCAAAAAAGAAAACUAAGUUGACACACUAUAUUAAGACUGAUGCAAACCCAAGUAUGCAGGUUAUGGUGUCUCGUAUGGCUGCAGUUGAUGGAAUUCCUCUUAGAACGUUCUCAAAAUCUCAAGAUUUAAAGUACCUUUUUGAAAAGACCGGCAACAAAUUACCCACUACUGCUGAUACCGUUCGCAACAUAAUUCUCAAAGACUUUGCUAAAAGGAAGCUAGAAAUAAUCAACGAGAUAAAAAUUAUACUGUUAGAUGAAAAUAAGUUUUCGAUAUCAUUCGAUGAAUGGACAUCCAUUAAAAAUAGAAGAUAUAUAGGGCUCACUUUACAUUCACCAAAUUUUGCAAGGGAUAGCAGUUUUCGAAAUCUAGGUCUCAUACGCAUUCACGGGUCCAUGAAUGCAGCCUCAUGCGUAAAAUCGAUUGAGGCCAAGUUGGACGAAUAUGGGGUAUCUCUAACAAAUGACAUCGUCGCUCAAACCACAGACGGUUGCAGCCUAAUGGUUGCAUUAGGGAAGUCCCUUAAGGGGUGCUAUGCUAGAAAACCUCCCCGUGGUGCACCCUGGAAACGCUGGCGAUGGCACUGUUUUCUCCUUGUUCUCUUGGAGGAGAGGAUUAUCGCCAGCAGCUAA